AUGCUCUACUUGGGCAGCAAGCUCGAUACCCCGGUUCCCACCGACAUCUCAAUCUGGAGCUGGCUCUUUGACCAGGCGCUGCCGACCAGCAAAUUCAAUCGCGAUCAGACAGCUGGCUUUCGAGACGCCAAGUCGCAGGAAUUCUUGCCCUUCGCCGAGGUCAAAUCCCUCGCGACAUAUUUGUCCACAGCAAUCGCGCAACGGUAUGACAUCAAGACAGGCAGCCAUGUGACGAUCUUCUGCAGCAAUAGUAUCUGGUACCCGGUUGUGACGUUUUCGACGGUGCGCCUUGGUGCGAUCGUCACGGGGUCGUCGCCCGAGUAUGGGCUCGAGGAGAUGAUGUAUAUUCUCAAAGCGAGUGAGAGUGAUCUGGUCUGCGCGGACAGUGAGUCUUGGGAUGUGGUUUGGAAGGCGGCGGAGAAGGUUGGCUUGGGCAAGAGCAAAGUUGUGUUCAUUGGUAGUGCUUCUGGGGUCAGAGCGCAUCAGGACAAGGUGACGAUCCAAGAUUUGAUUCGCGAAGGGAAAGAGAAGGGGAAAAAUGGGCAGGUCAAGAGCUGGGAACCCGCGAACGGUCAGAGUAAUGCGGAAGUGCCGGCCUAUUUGAGCUUUACGAGUGGGACGACGAGUUUGCCGAAGGGAGUCAUGAUCUCCCACCACAACGUGAUAGCACAGAUCAUGCAGAUGCGAUCAUUGACGGCGGCGGAUUGUCCGAAGGUCAUGCUAGGAGUGUUGCCGCUGUAUCACAUUACCGGGAUUGUCCAAAUCCUCCAGCUGCCGCUCGCGUUAAACCAAGAAGUGGUGAUGAUGGCGAAAUUCAACAUGCAAGAAAUGCUCGAUGUGAUUGUCAAGUACAAGUGUGAUGAAUUGUGGCUUGUUCCUCCUCUCUUAAUUCGUCUAGUCAAUGAUCCUGUGGCAGCGGGAUACGAUCUUCGGUUCGUGAAACAAUUCAAUACCGGAGCUGCGCCGCUUGCGAAAGAAAUUAUCGAUAAGCUGGCCAAGCGAUUCUCUCAUAUCCGGAUAAGACAAGCAUGGGGAAUGACCGAAAGCACAUCUGCCUUGACAUUGACACCGCCGUCGGACCAGACCUAUGAUAAGGCUCAUACCGUAGGCAAAGUGGUGCCAGAAACGGUGAUCAAGAUCAUCGAUCCGGAAUAUGAGGGCGAGGGAGAAAGAAUUCUCGGUGUUGGUGAGAGCGGCGAGGUUCUCGCCAAAGGUCCGCAAGUAACCAUGGGGUAUUACAACAGACCAGAUGCCACGGCCGAAACGUAUGACCAAGACGGAUUCCUGCAUACCGGGGAUAUUGGCUUCAUGGACCAAAACGGGUUUCUGAUGAUCCACGACCGGUUGAAGGAGAUGAUCAAAGUCAAAGGCGUUGGCGUUGCCCCUGCUGAACUCGAAGACCUCCUCUUGGGCCAUCCACUAGUUGCUGACGCUGCAGUUAUUGGGAUACCAGAUGACUAUGCCGGAGAGGUACCGAAAGCAUUCGUCGUGCUGGUCGAUCCAUCCAAGUCCGGCGCUGAAACUUCCAAAGAGCUGCUGGAAUUUGUGAAGCAGAAGAAAUCUAGACCAAAGUGGUUGGCGGGAGGAAUUGAGUUUGUAGAGAUGGUGCCCAAGAGCGCGAGCGGGAAGGUGCUUCGGAGGGUCUUGAGGGAUCAAGAGAAACAACGAACCAAACAGAACAAGGGUAAAUUGUGA